CGCAAAACAUUAAAUUUGUAUACGUAUUGUUUCCCUUCUUCUUCUUCUCUUUUCCUUUUUUACUCUUUCUUUCUCUCUUUUUUUUUCUCUUCAAUGAUGAACAAUAAGAACACAAGCCGAUUAUCACAUCCAACUGCUUAUCAUAUGCAACAAAUGAGAUACAAUAAAGAAGGUUCUACUAUAGGCAUUGAUCCAUCUCAAAUGUUGGAAAACACACAGCUCUUGUUCCCUCAGAAACAACAAGAUUCUCCUUCUUUAUCUGAUUUAGACUAUUCUGAGCUUACCAAUUCACCUAUUGGCGAAUAUCGUUCUCGACAAUCAUCUUAUCAGCAAGGAGAUAUGUUUGAUGAGACAAAAUCUUUUGGUGUACAGAUGAAAAGGUCAUCUACCGAAAUAGAAACUGCGGCAAUGGGUGGCAUGACUGGUGGCUAUGCUCAUCAUUACUAUCCUAGUUUUGAUAAUCCUAUGAAACAAAUGGCAGGCAGUGCACCUUCUCAUAUGGGGUUUCAUGAUUAUCCUGGAAUGGAAGAUAUGCCGUCCUCGGUUGUAAAUCCUUCUCAUCAUGAUCUUUUAGAAGAGCAUUAUCCUUCUGAGGACUAUUCUGCUCAAGCAAAUAUGCAAGCCAUCAUGGAAAAAAGACGACGACGAAGAGAAUCUCAUAAUGCAGUUGAAAGAAGACGACGAGACAAUAUAAAUGAAAGGAUUCAAGAACUAGGUACACUUUUGCCUGAUAGUUUAGACGACGGUGUCAAUCGAAUGAACAAAGGAACCAUACUGCGCAAAAGUGUGGAACAAAUAAGGAAAUUGCAAAAUGAUGUCGUUCAACACCAACAAAGAGUGAGAGAUUUGGAGCAUGUUUUACAACAAAUACAACAGCAACAAAGUAUUAGAAGAUUAAACCAUAUGCCAUAAAUUAUCUUUAUUGAAUACCCCUCUCCUUUCCUUAAAUAAAAACUUACAAGUCACUUUGAAU